UCUCUCUCUCUCUCUCUCUCACACAUUACUCUUUUGAUUCAGGGAUACAUUGAAGAAGCAAAGAAGAGACUGGACAUAUCUUUUCGGUAAACACAAAAGAUACUCAUCCUGUGCAUUGGAGGGAUAAUAUUUACAGUAUGCAGACCCAAAAGGCAAGAAAUGGAUCUCCUGAUGUUCCCAAGAAGGUGUCUCCUCGAGCUGCUCGGCCACUGAAGAUACCAGCGCUAGUGCCUGACUCUUCUUCAUCUCCUAUCUCAGCUAAUAGCAAAACACCAAAGGAGAAAAGUCCAAAAGUUCCGGACCGUAGGUCUCCACGCAGCCCUGUCUCCGAGAAGAAGAGGCCAAGUAGAAUAACAGAGCUUGAAUCACUAGUCUCGCAACUUCAAGAGGAGCUGAAGAAGGCAAAAGAUCAAGUAACAGUGUCUGAGACAGCAAAGAAGCAAGCAGAGGAAGAAGCAGAAGAGUCCAGAAAAGAGCUACAAGAAGUUUCCUCUAAGCUCCAGGAGACUCAGAAUCAGUGUUUGGAAGUCUCAGCAUUGGAGGAAGAAACCGAUAGAACCAUUGCUCUUGAUCAUCGAAGUGUACCUCAGGAAUGUGAUUUGGAGUCUGGUGCUGCUGCUGAUGAAAGGAGAGGGUUGGCCGUUGUUGCUCAGGAGAUCAGACAACUCAAGCUUCAGAUUGAGACGGUGGCUUCUUCUGAAGCUGGUCAUGUGAAACAGGCUGAGUUGCGUAACUCGGAGAUUCACCUUCUGAGAGGAAACUUGAUGGACACACUUUUCCUCGUUGAGAAUUUUAGGGACCAGCUUAAGGACUGUGAGGUAUCAGAGGCUGAAACUGAGGCUUUAGCCACCGAAACACUUAGGCAACUGGAGAAUGCUAAAAAGGCAGUAGAGGAACUGAAGUCAGAUGGCGCAAAAGCAGUUGAGAGUUAUAAGAAGAUGGCAUCAGAGCUUGAACAGACAAAGUCAAGGAUGGUGUGGCUUGAAGGUCUUGUAACUAAGCUUCAUGCCAAUCCGGAGGAUUUGGAAACUCUGCUUAAAGACUAUGGGGAAUCACAAGAAGUAUCUUCCUUAAGAUGUGAGGUAGAGAGACUGAGAGCAGCUCUAGAAGCUUCUGAUAGAAAAGACCAAGAGGGGAAUGUAGAGGCUUCUUCUAGGUUAAGGAUACAAGCUGAACUCCAGUCUGAACUGAAGAUAGCUAGAUCCGAGAUAGACGAGCUAAAGGCGAGGUUGGUGGACAAGGAAACAGAACUACAGUUUGUAUCAGAGGAGAAAGAUAACCUAUACUCAAAACUGAUGAAGAACCAGAAAGAGACAGACGUUGAAGCUGAGCUGAAGCAACUCAGGGAAGCGAUUGAGAACCUGAAGGCGGAUAUGAUGGAUAAAGAGACGGAGCUCCAGAUAGUUUCAGACGAGAACGAGACGCUGAAGUCGGAUAUCCACAAGAGGGAGACAGAUGUACAAGAGGCGCUGAUGAAGUUGGGGAUUGCGAUGGAAGAGGCUGACAAGAGUAGCAAGAGAGCGGUUAGAGUCACGGAGCAACUAGAUGCAACUCAAGCGUCGAACGCAGAGAUGGAAACGGAACUGAGGAAGCUUAAAGUACAGUCGAAUCAAUGGAGAAAAGCUGCUGAAGCAGCCACGUCCAUGCUCUCUGCUGGAAACAAUAAUGGGAAGUUCGCUGAGGGAUAUGAUCAAACAACGAACUCUCCUUACUCUGAGGAGAUUGAUGAUGAAGUGACAAAGAAGAAGAAUGGGAAUGUGCUCAAGAAGAUUGGUGUUUUGUGGAAGAAGCCUCAGAAAUAAGGUGGAGAAUGUUCUCUGAUCAAGGAACUGACUUGCGCUGUGCUUCUGCUUCUCAGGUACCGUUGAUAUUGGAGUUGGAUUAUAAGAGCAACUCCUGUGACUCUGGUAUUGAUGUUAAUUAGUAGUUUGAACCAUGUUCUGAAAAAGACAAACUCAUGUUCGAAAGAUAUUUCAGCUAUGUUAAUUUUAUGACUUAAGUAUU